AUGGGAUAUAACAGAACAAAGUCCACUUCUGACUUGAAAAGAGUAAGUUUUGAUAACUUGCUUCAUAAUUUCGAAGAUUAGGAGUUCCAGGCAAAUUUGAUUUCACUCACCGAUGGACUUUCAACCAUCAUUUUUGAGCUUAUCCCAUCAAUAUUUUUCACCUUUGGAAUAAUAAAUAUAUUGGUACGUUGAUUACGUGAUAGAUUCAAAAUCUGACAAUGAAAAAAGUUUUGUUUUAGGGAGUUGGUCCGGUAACUGGAACAUUGCGGAAUAUGGCAAGAUCAUCUGAAGCUUUUGUUAUGUUUAUCCUUAUGAAAAAACAAUCAUCAACUCGCGCGACUACAAUUCAAAAUGUCGUAUCAGUGUCAAGUCGAAGAGAAGGAUCUCAUGUAUCUUGA